GAUGUUAGUGGGUAUAAAAAGAAGACAUAGAUAGGCAAGGAAGUCUCCGAGCAAUUCGUUGGAAAAAAUCGUGGAAAUUCCAAUUUAUUUGAGGAGAGUUUUCCCACCAAUUUUCGGAUCACCUCACACACAAAAACAAACAAAAAUGGCAAUCUUCUUCUUAAAACGCAAAUGCUAAAAAGUUCCACCUCUUUCUUUGAUGUUUCUCACAAACACAAUUUCAUCAUUUCCCAACACUUUCUGACUACACGUUUUUACCCUUUUUGUCGUUAAAAUUUGCUUCGUAGAAAUUCUGGUCUCGAUCAUGGUAGUUUAAAAGUGGAGAUUCAGGUCAAUUUGAUUAUUUAACUUUCUGGGUUAGAUAGAUAAACCAAAAACGGAUUAGUAUUUUGAAAUUAAAAAAAUGGAGAGUUAUUUGAGUCAGAACUUUGAGGUGAAACCAAAGGGAACGUCAGAUGAAGUGUUGGAAAGAUGGAGGAAUUUGUGUGGCGUCGUUAAAAACCCAAAGCGUCGCUUUCGUUUUACUGCCAACCUUUCCAAGCGUUACGAAGCUGCUGCUAUGCGCCGUACCAAUCAGGAAAAAUUACGAAUUGCUGUUCUAGUUUCCAAGGCUGCAUUUCAGUUUAUACAGGGUGUAACACCAAGUGAUUAUGCAGUCCCUAAAGAAGUUAUAGCAGCAGGUUAUGGUAUAUGUGCUGAUGAAUUAAGUGGCAUUGUCGAAGGCCAUGAUUUAAAGAAGGUAAAAGCCCAUGGAGGAGUACCUGGCAUUGCAGAAAAGCUCUGCACUUCAACUGAAAACGGGAUAACCACCGACCCAACCACUAUUUCCCUUAGACAGGACAUGUUUGGGAUCAACAAGUUUGCAGAAACACAACCUCGAAGUUUCUGGGUGUUUGUUUGGGAAGCACUUCAAGACAUGACAUUGAUGAUUCUUGGUGUUUGUGCAUUCGUCUCUCUAAUAGUUGGUGUUGCUACAGAAGGGUGGCCCAGGGGAGCCCAUGACGGGCUUGGGAUUGUAGCAUCCAUCUUACUAGUUGUGUUUGUAACUGCAACUAGUGAUUAUCGCCAGUCUUUACAAUUCAAAGAUCUUGACAAAGAAAAGAAGAAGAUUGCCAUACAAGUUACUAGGAAUGGAUACAGGCAGAAGAUGUCUAUAUAUGAGUUACUUCCUGGUGAUAUUGUUCAUCUCUCUAUAGGUGAUCAGGUCCCUGCUGAUGGGCUUUUUGUGUCAGGAUUCUCGGUAUUGAUUGAUGAAUCAAGCUUAACCGGAGAAAGUGAGCCUGUUAUGGUGAGUGAAGAAAACCCGUUUCUUUUAUCGGGUACUAAAGUACAAGACGGAUCAUGUAAGAUGAUAAUAACAACUGUUGGGAUGAGGACACAAUGGGGUAAAUUAAUGGCAACUCUUAGUGAAGGAGGUGAUGAUGAGACCCCGCUACAGGUGAAACUAAACGGGGUUGCUACCAUUAUUGGUAAAAUCGGACUCUUUUUUGCUGUUGUGACUUUUGCAGUACUUGUAAACGGGUUAAUUGCUCGUAAAUGGAGAGAAGGGAGUCAUUGGUAUUGGGCUGGUGAUGAAGCAUUGGAAUUGUUAGAGUAUUUUGCUAUUGCUGUUACCAUUGUUGUGGUGGCUGUUCCUGAAGGGUUACCUUUAGCUGUAACUUUGAGUCUUGCAUUUGCAAUGAAACAGAUGAUGAAUGAUAAGGCUUUAGUCAGAAACUUGGCUGCUUGUGAGACUAUGGGUUCAUCUACUACUAUCUGUAGUGAUAAAACCGGGACUCUAACUACUAAUCGUAUGACUGUUGUCAAAUCCUGCAUCGGCUUAAAUGUCAAGGAAAUUAACAGGGAAUCUGGGUUGAAAUCUGAGUUGCCUGAUUCUACAUUGAAGCUUCUGAUACAAUCAAUAUUCAACAACACAGGAGGUGAGGUUGUUGCGAACAAGAAAGGGAAACAUGAAAUAUUAGGAACACCCACUGAAACCGCUCUGUUAGAGUUUGCUUUAUCACUUGGUGGUGAUUUCCAUGCUGAGAGAAAAUCAUCAAAGCUUAUCAAAGUUGAACCAUUCAACUCUACAAAGAAGAGGAUGGGUGUUGUAUUAGAACUCCCCAAUGGAGGUGGUUUAAGGGCCCACAGUAAAGGUGCUUCAGAGAUAGUAUUAGCUACCUGUGAUAAAGUCAUCAAUGGAAAUGGAGAAGUUGUUCCCCUUGAUGCAGAAAGAUUGGACCAUCUUAAGGUUACAAUUGAUCUGUUUGCAAAUGAAUCUCUUCGAACUUUGUGUCUUGUUUAUAUGGAUCUUGAGAAUGAUGCAGGGUUUACUGCAAAUGAUCCUAUGCCUACUGAAGGGUAUACUUGUAUAGGGAUUGUCGGUAUUAAAGAUCCUGUUAGACCUGGUGUUAAGGAGUCUGUUGCAAUAUGUCGUUCAGCUGGGAUUACUGUAAGGAUGGUUACAGGUGAUAAUAUUAAUACAGCUAAGGCUAUUGCAAGGGAAUGUGGUAUUCUUACUGAUGAUGGUAUUGCUAUAGAAGGUCCAGUUUUUAGAGAAAAGAGCAUGGAAGAAUUGGAGAAAAUCAUUCCGAAAAUUCAGGUGAUGGCACGAUCUUCUCCCCUAGAUAAACACACACUGGUGAAGCACCUGAGAACAACAUUUAAUGAAGUCGUGGCAGUAACAGGAGACGGUACAAAUGAUGCCCCAGCUCUUCAUGAAGCUGAUAUUGGACUUGCAAUGGGAAUUGCUGGUACUGAGGUGGCUAAAGAAAGUGCUGAUGUUAUCAUUCUAGAUGACAAUUUCUCUACAAUUGUCACUGUUGCUAAAUGGGGGCGUUCAGUUUACAUUAACAUUCAGAAGUUUGUGCAGUUUCAGUUGACUGUUAAUAUCGUUGCCUUGCUUGUUAACUUCUUUUCAGCCUGUUGGACUGGAAGUGCUCCACUUACUGCUGUUCAGCUUCUAUGGGUGAACAUGAUCAUGGACACACUUGGAGCUCUUGCAUUGGCUACUGAGCCUCCAAAUGACGAGUUAAUGAAACGAACACCAGUAGGAAGGCAAGGAAAUUUCAUUAGUAAUGUAAUGUGGAGGAACAUAUUAGGCCAAUCCUUUUACCAAUUCAUGGUAAUAUGGUUUCUGCAAGCAUAUGGAAAAGCUUUGUUUGGACUUCAAGGUCCAGAGGGUGACCUGAGCUUAAAUACUCUGAUCUUCAACUCAUUUGUGUUCUGUCAGAUUUUCAACGAAAUAAGCUCAAGAGACAUGGAGGAAAUAGACGUUUUCAAGGGAAUUUUAGACAAUUAUGUUUUUGUUACUGUCAUCAGUGUCACCCUUUUCUUUCAAAUUAUAAUAGUGGAAUAUCUUGGUACAUUUGCCAACACAACUCCCCUCAGUUUCAUGCAGUGGUUCGUUAGUAUUUUCAUUGGGUUUUUGGGCAUGCCAGUUGCAGCCGGGUUAAAGAUGAUACCGGUUUAAGACCCGUGAACCAGAAGUCCGGUUUUUAUUGAUCAAGUUCAAGCGCUAAUAGUCUAACUUCAUCAACCAGGAGAAGCCAUUGAUUGGAAGAAUUUCAUGUGAAUGCUCUGAAUUUCAAGAGAUAACUUUGUUUCCUUGAAGUUUCUAAUGUUUGUUUAACAACCAAGGCAUUUUUGCAAUGCCAGGUUUUAGGGAAAUAGUUUGUUAAUUUUUUUUUUUUUUAGAAAUACCCCUUUUGAGUUGAGUACUUGUUAACCACUAUGAAUUCUUUUUGUAACUAGGAUUUUGAUUCAGUUUGACUGUAAUCUGUUUCAUCAGUACUGUGAUUUUGAUUCAGAAAGACUGUAAUCUGUUUCAUACUUUCAUCAGUUAGACUGUGAUUUUGAUUCAGAAAGGCUGUAAUAUGUUUUUCAGUCAGAAAGAUUGUAAUCUGUUUCAUCAGAUUGUAAUGUUCGAUAUGCAAAGAUCGUAGCUUUGCUAAACCAAUAUUCUGUAACUAGGGUUUUGAUUUCAUUCAGUCAGACUGUAAUUUGUUUCAUCA